AUGUGGAAGACAACAUUUUGCUUGUCUCCUAGGCUAGAAUCUCUUACAAUCUCAAGCAACAGAACGCUCGUAUCUCCCGGUGGUGUCUUCGAGCUUGGUUUCUUCAAAAUCGCCUCAAGAUCUCGUUGGUACCUAGGGAUGUGGUACAAGAAAGUCCCCGACAGAACCUACGUGUGGGUUGCCAACAGAGACAGUCCUCUCUCAAAUUCCAUCGGAACCCUCAAAAUCUCUGGCAAUAAUCUCCUCCUCCUCGGUGACUCCGAUAAAUCUGUGUGGUCGACGAAUCGUACUAGAAGAGAUGUAGAAUCUCCGGUGGUGGCAGAGCUUCUCCCUAACGGAAAUUUUGUGAUGAGAUACUUCAACAACAAUGACCCAAGUGGAUUCUUGUGGCAGAGUUUUGAUUUCCCAACCGAUACUUUACUUCCGGAGAUGAAACUUGGCUGGGAUCGCAAAACAGGGCUCAACAAAUCCCUUAGAUCUUGGAAAAGCCUAGAUGAUCCAUCAAGCGGAGAUUUUUCGUACAAACUCGAAAUUCGAGGAUUCCCUGAGUUUUUUCUAUGGAAAAGAUACUUUCCAGCUCAUCGGAGCGGUCCAUGGGACGGACGUCGGUUUAGUGGCAUACCAGAGGACCUAAAGUUGAAUUAUAUGGUUUAUAAUUUCACGGAGAACAGAGAGGAGGUUGCUUACACUUUCCUAAUGACCAACCACAGCAUCUCUUCUAGUAUUUACAGCGACUGA